UGUUCCAGUCAGGAGCCAGAGAUGACCAAGGAAGAAGACCUACCAGACUGGAACUCAUCCAAAGAGUUUUAUGAAAAGUAUGAGCCGAAGGAGGUGUUGGGCAGGGGGGUGAGCAGUGUCGUCCGUCGGUGCAUCCACAAAAGCACCAGGCAAGAGUAUGCUGUGAAGAUUAUUGACAUCACGGCGGGAAACAUAUCCCCCAAGGAGGUGCAGGAACUGCGCGAAGCCACCACUAAAGAGAUCGACAUCCUCCGGAAGGUCUCGGGCCACCCAAACGUCAUCCAGCUGAAGGACAGCUAUGAAUCCAGCACCUUCUUCUUCUUGGUGUUUGACCUGAUGAAGAGAGGGGAGCUCUUCGACUACCUCACUGAGAAAGUCACCUUGAGCGAGAAAGAAACCAGGAAGAUCAUGCGAGCGCUGCUGGAAGUGAUCCAGUACCUCCACUCCAUCAACAUUGUCCACCGGGACCUGAAGCCAGAGAACAUCCUCCUGGAUGAUGACAUGAACAUUAAGCUGACAGAUUUUGGCUUCUCCUGCCAGCUGAACGAGAAUGAGAAGCUCAAAGAGAUCUGUGGCACACCUGGCUACCUGGCCCCCGAGAUCCUGCAGUGCUCCAUGGAUGACGAGCACCAAGGCUAUGGGAAGGAGGUUGAUAUGUGGAGCACUGGGGUGAUCAUGUACACCUUGCUGGCUGGAUCCCCUCCCUUCUGGCACCGCAAGCAGAUGCUGAUGCUGCGGAUGAUCAUGAACGGGGACUACCAGUUUGGCUCCCCAGAGUGGGACGACCGCUCGGACACUGUCAAGGACCUGAUCUCCAGGUUCCUGGUGGUGGACCCGCGGCAGAGGUACACGGCCGGGGAGGCGCUGGCCCACCCCUUCUUCCAGCAGUACGACGUGGAGGAGGUCCGGCACUUCAGCCCCUUCCGGAAAUUCAAGGUGAUCUGCCUGACCGUCCUGGCGUCGGUGCGAAUCUACUACCAGUACCGGCUGGUCAAGUCGGUCACCAGGGAGCUGGUGGUGCGCGACCCGUACGCGCUGAAGCCCGUCCGCAAGCUGAUCGACGCCUGUGCCUUCAGGACCUACCGGCACUGGGUGAAGAAAGGGGAGGCACAGAACAGAGCUGCCCUCUUUGAGAACACCUGCAAGGCUGUUCUGCUGACCCUGGCAACAGAGGAAGGGCUGUUUUGAUCACCACUGUGUUAAGCCCAUGAGUUUGCUCACAAUAGGCGAGUAAAAUCUUUAAAAACCAA